CUAAUUGAUCAAAUCGUAAGAAGCUUUUGAUAGAUCUGUUCAAGAAGGGUAGAUUUGUUCCGGGGUGGGGACGGUGAGAGACAAAAAGGGGCGACAACGGCGCGGGAGACGAAGAGAGGGGGCGAUUGAGUAACAAUCGUAGAUUUGGGUAUACUUUUUCAGCUUUUUAUAUAUUUUGAGUUUCAUAAUUUCAGCAGAGUUUUGUUAAUAAUUACAAAAGCUAAAGGGUAAAGAUGAACAGUAAAUAUUCCCGUCCAAAUUCUUUGGGUUCGGGUAAUGGCAUUGGGCUUGUGGGGGACAGCUGUGUUGGAAAAGCAAUUUUACACAGCAUUAAUUAUGAGUAUUGAGACCCGUGCAAAAGGAAAAAGAAAAAGGGCAAGCAUUGAUUAUAUUGAGACCCGUGAAUAUUGAGAUAUAUGUGCAAAAGAAAAAGAAAAAGGCAUAGGAAUAGGCAUAUUUAUUACAGGGUUUCUUUCCUACUCCCACACCAUUAGAUGUGCGCUAGCUACUUCAAAUCUAGGGUCGUUCCUUCCGCAAUAAGAAUCGGGUGUAUAUGUCCAAUUGAAUUGAAUUGUUUUCUAACUCGCUGUAAACGGAGGACGAAAAAGAACCACAACUGAUAGAUACACCUAGACCGGAGAAGAAGACUCAAGUUAGUAUGGGUCAUACUAUUAGCUUCAUUUGCAGCCCUUCUAAUCCAAUUCCUUGGAGCAAACAUCAGAAUCGUCACAGGCUUUACAUUUGCUCAAUCUUUGUCUGUCUAUGUUCAUAUGUGCAUACAUAGUAUUGGCUAAGGUUAGCUAAUCUUAGCUAACCUUACAUUUGUUUGUCUGUCACAGGCUUUACAUUUGCUCAAUCUUUGCUCAAUCGUCACAGGCUUUACAUUUGAAAUUGCGUGUUGUGGUUUUGAGGUGUUUUUUGACAAGGCACGAGCCUCAACCUGAAUCUAAAAAUGUGGAUAUUACAUAUUUUAAAUAGAACAUAAUUAAUCCAUAAACUUUGAAAUAUAAUCUAUAAACAUUAAAGUAGAAUCUUUCCAAAUAAAAGAUGUCAAACAAAAAUAAAGUUGAAUGGCAACAACGAGUGAAGGCAUUGAAGGAAAUUGGAAGGUUGAGCAGUGACUAUGAUGAGCAGUUAAGACGUAAUUAGGCUAAUAUAGAAUCAAAAUGUGAAAUUGUUUUUGGGACGGAGGGAGUAUUUAAUUACUUCGUAUUCAGUUGAGGAGAGUUCACGUCUUGAUGUUUUAUUUUUCACUUUCCUGCUUUGAGCAGAUUUUUUGUGCCUAACAUACUGAAUGGGAUGUUGCAGAUGGACAAGUAUCAAGAACAAGGUGAACUAGUAUAGUCGUAUUUGGAGAGCAUAGUUUUUCCCUUGAUGGCAAUUGUUCGUUCCAAAACAGCUGAAGUGAGGGAAGCCUCGGAUGAAGUUCUCGAAGGCAUUAAGCGCUUGUGCAUUAUCAUUUAUUGUUUGGUAACAGUUUGUGGAUAUAAGGCCGUUAUCAGGUGUCUGAUCUAGAGCUUGCGGUCUCUCUGUUGGAGAAAUGCUGCAUUGCACAUUCAGCAACAUCCUUGAGACAAGAAAGUACAGGCGAGAUGGAAGCAAACUGUGUGAUACUAUUAUGGCUUUCCAUACUAGUGUUGGUCCCUUUCGACAUAUCAUCUGUGGAUACUAGCAUUACAGAUAGUCAGUGCUCAAGCACAAAUGAACCACCUCCACUGGCACUGAGGAUCAUUGAAUGCUCUAAAGACUACCUUUCAAAUGCUGGCCCUAUGCGUACUAUACCUGGAUUGCUGCUUUUAAAACUUCUAACACGCCCUGAUAUGUUGAAGGCCUUUAACAUGUAAUUUUGCAUUAUUUACUUAUGACUAUUUUGCAUUAUUUACUUAUGACAGCUAAACUAUUUGAAGUCAAUUAGGCCAAUAGGAUGAAAUACUAGCUAUAUAUGGGGAGUCUUUCAAAACUCCGGCCAGGAGAUUCUAAACAUUGUGCAGGGACUUAAUUGAGCCUUAUAUAGAGCUUUAUAGACUUACUUAUAGAGACUCACUGGAUUUCAUGAGUUUGUCUUUCAUUUUGUUUUGUAUGUGAGUGCAUUGGCGCCUUACAACAAAAACUCAGUGCAUUG